AAAAUGAUAAAACGUACUUUUUCAACUUUCCAUGCAGAACUUCCGGUCAAUGAAUUUUCGCUCAGUGUAAAUGAUAUUUUUUUCUCUGAAUUGAAUAUUGCCUAUGUAUCAAGCACACAAAGGAACUUAUCAACGGUUAAAACAUGUAGGGAAUACAUAUGUAUUUUGGAGAGAAUUUCAUCGCAUAAAGUCAUAAGUAUUAUGUUCCAUAUCCCCGGGAAAUAAAUCGGACCUUAGGAAGUAGGUCAAGGGUCACGUGAUUAGGAGGCAUUUUUAAAGAGAACAGAGAUCUAGAAAAAGGAAGGAAAGAAUUAUGAAAGUGACAGAAGAGAAAGAAGUCAAAACGGAAAGCUCAGAUGAAAUUAAAGUCAAUGGGUCAAAAGUGGCUGAGUCUGAUAAGUUAAAGGGGGUAAAUGUUCAGAGGAGUAAUGGUUUAGAGGGACAAAGUAAAGUUAAGAUCUACCCCCCUCAAGUUAUCACAUCUCCGCAACAACAAUUUAUGCUACAACAACAACAACAACAACAGCUACAACAACAGUUCCAGGUUCAGCAAAUUGGGGCACAGCAAUCACGGCCAGUGUACACACAGAAGAGGAGUACCAUGUCACCUACAGCCACACCAGCAACCCCUGGCUCCACCUAUCCACCAAACCAGCAGGCAACAGCUUGGCCGCCAUCUUUCUAUCGUAACCAAGGCAACCGCUAUGCGAGUCCACAC